AUGCGUUCCAGACCGUCCAACGGCCCAAGUAUGGUAUCCAAUGGCACAGUGGGGGAAGCAGACACUGUCCUUGUUGUUCAUGUCGAUACGAGUAUAGCUCGAGGUGAAGUCCCUCGUACGAUGGCGAUCUCGGUGUGUGCCAAGAAACGAACACUUGGGCGCGUCACUGCUCCUACGAUCGCGGAGGAGGUGAAGAAGGUUGAGCAGAAGAGAGUGUACAACAAGCGACUGAGGUCUGAGCAGCGGAGACUUGGGGCCUCUGCGGGCAGAUCAGGACGAGACUGUUGCAACCAAGGUACCAACUCCAUGUCGGACGAUGCACUUCUGUAUACAUUUCUCUCGCACUCGCCCGAUAUGCUGACCGUCCCAAAUUCUGCAGAGAACCAGGUCGAAGCUGUUACCGGAGCAUGCAGCGACCAGUACAGCACGAAAGACUCCUCCCGCCCCGCCACCCGAGAUGAUACCCUGGCGGGAUGGAACACGGCGGGUUUGGCGCCCUGGCCUGAGAGCCUCGCACUUCCCAAUACAAUCAGCUACUAUACCUACGGUGCUUCUCGGAGGGGGAGGCAGGAAUUUGCCACCCGACCGCCUGAUGAUCCUCACCACGAUCCCUGGCCUCCAUCCCGCCCUACUCCGAGUCCAGCCAUGAACAAUGAGCCGAUGAGACCGCUCUUUUGCCACCCGGACCCAAACGAAGAGUACGCCUCCUACCAUGGUGAUCGUACUGCAGGCGGAAGCGACUCGGCGUCCGCUUACGGAGAGCCUGCGCUGAUGAGCCAUAUACCUGACUUUGCCACCUCACCUCAUAUGACGCCUGGCACCGAACAAGGCGUGGAGCGUGGAGACGACAAGGAUGAGGAUGAGCAAGCUUUCCGUUUCGAUCCGCCACCGUCUUCCUCGCGAUCCUCAUCAAAGCUGCCGCUGACUCUAUCAACAGCGAAAAGAACUCGGGGCCGCAAAAGGGCCUCUACCGUUCACUACGACCCGCUCAUCGCGCUCCGAAAGAAAGAAACGGGCCGAAUCACUCCAGCGGAGGCUGCAGCAGUCAGGUGUCGUAUUUGCCGCUGGAAUAGGGGACCUGAUGGACUCUCGAUCCCCCAGUACACUGCAAUUUCUGGAGAGCGUAGAGCGACAGGAAGCAGAAUUUAG